GGGACGGCAAUACUCAGGUCCAUACUAUGGUCCGCGUCACUCCUUCGAUUACUGGCGAGGACGAGACACAGCGUCAGUGUGUCGAUAGAGUGUCUGCGAAUGAUAAAGAUGGGCCAACAAAUCAAGGCCACGGCCUUAUCACCGCGGCAGAUGGCGAGCGCGCGGUGGCCAUGAUGUCCCGGCUCGACGACUUUGUCUGGCUGAAGUGCUCUACUAUGGCAUUGCGAGACUACGGGCCGUUGGAAUUCCAAAGGAUCGUGAAGGAGAGGUACCUCCUGGACUGCAGUGUGUGGGGGGUAUCUGCGGCGCUGUUCGCAACCAUCGGCGUGUCCUUCCUGCUACUGGGACCCACCAACUACAAAGCGGACGACGUGGGAAAGCGAUGGCAGCAGGUGCUCACGUAUAUGUACGUGGCGGCGUGUGUGGGUGCAAUCGCCGCAAACGCGAACGCCGUGGUGGUCGCGAGUUUCACCUACUCAUUGUCAUCCGUCAUUCCGGAGCGCCGCUUCAUUGAGUGGCUCGCACGCAAGACGCAGAACAGUGUCGGAAGGAACAUCUCCAUGUGGGUGCAGUGUGGCCUCGUCGCCAUGCUGCUGUGUAUCGUGCUCGCCGCGGCGCUGCUGCACGGCUGGGUCAUGGGCAUCGUAGCGGGAGGCGUGGCGCUUGUCCUCUUCACAACAGGCCAGGUGGCCAACCUGCUCAUCUUAAGGACUUUUAUCGCCAUGACCGAUGAAGACCAGUCAAACAAGAAAGAGGCGGUCCGGUCAUGGAAAGACACAUUCUCCAUCAUUGCAGCGUCACUCACCUCCCAGCCACUGCCGCCGCGAUCGGAUCAGUGAUGGCUUGGUGCGGCGGCGGCGGCAGCGGCAGUGCGCGGCACUGCGCGGCUGCCCAUCCGUACAUCGUGGUCGGCAUUCGAGCGUUGUGCACAGUGCUGCUGUGUGCAGCCGAACUUACGCUGUGCUCUGCGCGCCCAUUCCUGGUGCUGGCGGCGGCGCCGGCGGCAAGACAUGCGCCCGCUGCCGGCAAGUGACGUGCUACUGCGGCGUGUGUCAGCUGAAUGGCGCAUUGGUUGGCGCGGUGGGCAUGGCAGCAGGGCGGGGCGUGUGUGGGCAUGGCAGCCGCGGGCGGCGGGCAGCGCGUCAGGAAACAGCGGCUAGGUUGGCUGGACCCAGGUGGGAAUUCAUUUAUUUCUACAUUCAUGUAAGGGUAUGUGUGGACUACGGCGGCAGUGGCUGUGGGGACCUUUGUGCUUGUGGAUAAACGAGUUGGAGGAAAUGCCUCAGUUUAGCUUGGUACGGGUGGAUGCGCAACGACUUGUGCUGAGUAAAGGAGCAGGACGAUACGGAGUAGUAAGAGGAAGGCAGUGACCGGCAGCGACAGCAGGUAGGGCGGCGCCGCUGAAAGAGCGAGUGACUUGAGAGCGUGGUGGCCGAACCACUGCCGGCCGUCUACAGGCAGCUAACCUGGCACAGCGGCCAGCGGAGCUCGCUCCUGGGGAAGUGCAAAUGCAACGCUGCAGCUUCGCCGCCUGCGGCUCUGGCCCCGCCGUGGCGGUUGUGGAGUGCGAUGUAUGAUCCCAUGGCGGCGGCGGCGGCGGCCACGGCAGGUGUAACCCGGCGGCGGCGGCGGCAGCUGCGGCGGCGGCCAGAGACGUGCCUGCUGGCGGCCUGCAGCAGGUGUCCGCCGUUGAACAGGUGGGCAGGUGGGCCCUUGCCGUUGAAGAGGUGGGCAGCAGGGCAACAGCUGGGUCCGGCUGCUCACGGACGGUCUGAGGACUCGGCGGCCAAACGGUGUUUGUUGUGCUAUCGCGUGUGAGCUUGUCGGGCUGCGUGUCAGAGACGUUCAUGCCAGAGACGUUCGCGUCAGAGACGCAUCUGCCUCCCUUCCUGCUGCUGUCAGUUGCCGCAUGCGCGGCUGCACCUGCUCAGCAGCACCGAUGUAUAGUUGACGUAUUAACCCGCUUGUGUUGUUGUUGCUGCCUGGCUGCAGGCAUUCAGGGAAGCUGUGGGGCGGCCGCCUGAGCUCCUGCUCGCUCUGAGGCUGCUGUUGCGAGUGAGCGGCUGGGGCGGCAGCGGCAGCGGCAGCGGCAGCAGCAGGGCAGGAGCAGGCGGCAAGCGGGGCGCCGGAGGCGGGCGGGGAGGAGCGGCCUGGGCAGUCGGCAGCGGGCGGGGCGGCGCACGGUGGCGGCGGGCCAGGGCGGGGCGGCAGCCGGGCGGGGCGAGGCGGCGUCAGAGUGUCACCUGAAGGGUCUUCAGCGCCUGCUGAUUCCGGUGGAAGCAGUGGCGCGCAUUUGUCUGAGCGAGGCAUUACGGUACCGUGUGAGGAGUGGCUGCUGUUGAGAACGCAGGCUGACUGCGGCCUCGUUCAAAGUGUAUGGGCGGAGGGGAAUUCGAAACCACACGGCGCUGCAAUUAGUUGUGGCGAUGUGUGUCAUGUGGGUGCCGGGGCAUUUCUGGCUGUCGUCGCUGCAUCUCGGUCGCUGCGGUCAGGUUCGGUUGCACGUCUGGUCGGCGGCGGUGGAACAGGACGGCGGGGGGGGGGGGGGGCACGACGCGGCAUCAGGCUCUUGACGGAUAAGGAGGCUGUUGUUGCGCAUCUGAUGUACAAAGUGACGCAUAGGAAUGAUGGGUUACUGUUAUACAUAAAUGCAUCGAGGUCAAGUGGGCAAGGCUCAGCUAGUCACGUACCGCUGGUCGCACUGCUGUGGCACUGGAGUGCGCAACCUGUGCCAUUUGAGUGCUAAAUGCAAGUCGUGUGCAUCCGCGCUUCCUGCCGGCGAACACUGCCGGGUCCGAUGACUCUUUGCCACAUAUACGGUA